AUGAACACACCAAAAUCAGUCGCCUACGGCUGGGCCGCACUCAUCGCCGCUACCGGCUUCGGGUACUACUACGCCAAGGGCGUCAACGAGGAGCGGUGGAACGACAAGCGCGCACGCGGACUGCGCUCCAAUGCGUCUAACUGGAAGGAGAAGGUCGGCGCUGCAGAGGGCGCAGAGGCUGCUACUGCCAACCCCGACGCAUCGCCCUUAUCCCAUCCCUACACGACCUACACAACCAUGGCCCCUCAAUCCCGCAAGGGUCCCAACAUCUUCCUCAUGCUUGGCCUCUUCGGUCUCUCCUCAGUCACCUUCCUCACUAUGUCCAAGCGCCGGAGCAAGGAUCCCCGCACCUCGCGCAAAGAGUUCCCCGGCCCACGUCUUGGCGACGGCGGCGUCAAGAUCGACAUCGAGCCCGGGAAGAGGGGCGUUUGGUAG